AUGACGUCAUCAAUUAACGAUCCUUUAAUGAACGAUCCAGGUGUGCCCCACCCCCUCCCCCCCCCCAGCGCUACAAGAACCGCCCGGAAAGGUGAGACAGGCCCCGCCCACCCAGGUGUGCACCUGGAGCACCCCAAAAAUCCCUCCCGAGCUCAGGUGAGGGCUCAGGUGAGUCCUGGCAGGUCUGGGGGUCACACCUGGCCGCAGGUGAACCUCAGGGGUCUCCCCGUUCUUCAUCCGCUGUCGGUGACGUCACAGCUCAGGUGUGACCACACCAGGACCUCACCUGGAGCUCAGGUGCUGCAGUUUGGGGUCCUCACCUGGAGCUCAGGUGUUGCAGUUUGGGGUCCACACCUGGCUCAGGUGUUCCAGUCCAGGUGUUGCAGUUUGGGGUCCACACCUGGCUCAGGUUCUCUCACCUGGAGCUCAGGUGUUGCAUUUUGGGGUCCACACCUGGAGCUCAGGUGUUGCAGUCCAGGUGUUGCAGUUUGGGGUUCACACCUGGCUCAGGUUCUCUCACCUGGAGCUCAGGUGCUGCAGUUUGGGGUCCACACCUGGAGCUCAGGUGCUGCAGUCCAGGUGUUGCAGUUCGGGUUCCACACCUGGAGCUCAGGUGUUGCAGUUCAGGUGUUGCAGUUUGGGGUUCACACCUGGAGCUCAGGUGCUGCAGUUCAGGGUCCACACCUGGCUCAGGUUCUCUCACCUGGAGCUCAGGUGUUGCAGUUCAGGGUCCACACAUGGCCCAGGUGUUACAGUUUGGGGUUCACACCUGGAGCUCAGGUGCUGCAGUUUGGGGUCCACACCUGGCUCAGGUGUUGCAGUCCAGGUGUUGCAGUUUGGGGUUCAUACCUGGCUCAGGUUUUCUCACCUGGAGCUCAGGUGUUGCAGUUUGGGGUUCACACCUGGCCCAGGUGUUGCAGUUUGGGGUCCACACCUGGCACAGGUGCCCCCACCUGUCCAGGUGCUGAAGCUUUUUGGGGCCCACACCUGUCUUGGCUCGCAAGUACUGAGUCCUUCCACCUGGGGCUCAGGUGUCACAGUUCAGGUGUUGCUGCUGCAGAUUUUUGGGGUCCACAGGUGAUUUUGGGGUGCUCCACACCUGUCCUGGCUCACAGGUACCGAAUCCUCCACCUGAAGCUUCAUCCACCAGGUGCUCCAGGUGCUCCAGGUGUUCCAGCUGCAGGUGCUGCAGAAUUUUGGGGUCCAUGAGUGAUUUUGGGGGGGUCCACACCUGUCCUGGCUCACAGGUACCGAGUCCUUUCACCUGGGGCUCAGGUGUCGC